UUAUUUUUAAAGAAUAAUUUUGAAUUGCUUUGUAUUGUUUGCGGUGAUCAGGCAACAGGUAGGCAUUAUGGCACCAUUGCCUGCAAUGGUUGUAAAGGUUUCUUUCGACGCACAAUUCGCAGAUCAUAUAAAUAUACUUGCAGAUUUAGCAACAGCUGCAAUAUUGAUAAACAUAACCGAGCAGUCUGCCGUGCGUGUAGAUUUAUGAGAUGCAUUAAUGCUGGAAUGAAGGUUGACGUUGUUGUUUGCAGCGAAUUUUCCAUUCAAUCUUCAUCGCUAUCACAAAAAUUGAAUUCUUGGGAUAAUCCAAAAUCACUUCUCGAAAGUUUAUUGGUAUCGGAGAACAAAAUUAAAAAUUUAAGAGAAACCGUUAUUAAACAAACUGGAUCAGUGAAAUAUACACUCAAAAAAGAAUGUCCAAAAAAUAUGGAUGAUGGAAAACGCAAAGCGACUGUAAAUGAUAUAUUUUUAAGUAUUCAUAGCCAACUUUUAUUAGUUAUCGAAUGGGCGAAAACUUUACCACCUUUUGCAGUUUUAUCUUCAGCGGAUCAAGCCGCACUUCUUCGCAAUUUUGCUGGCCAGCAUGUCAUAUUAUGUGUCGCAUAUCGUUCCAAAAAUAACUCUGAUUUUUUGAAAUUAAUCAACGAUUCUUGUAUUCCUCGAUUUCAUGAAAUGGAAAAUACAGAAUUCCCAGAGAACUUCUAUUUACGCGAUUGCGAAAGAGUUUUGGACGAAUUAGUGGAACCAAUGAGAUUUUUAAAAGUAGAUGAUAUAGAAUUUGUUGCAAUGAAAGCUUGCGUAUUAUUCAAUCCAGUUGCGAAAGGUUUAUCGAAAAAUACCGUUAUGCAUGUAUUGUCCACUCGUCGAAAAAUUUUUAACGCUCUUGAAUCGUAUCUCGUUAAUCAAAUUCCUCAGGACCCGAAUCGACUUGGUGAUCUGACUUUUUUUAUACUCUCACCUUUACAGUCACUUGCUAAAAUGAUAUCGGAAGAUAUUCUUGUAUCUAAACUAUCUGGCGUUGCUCAUAUUGGCAAACUUAUGGAAGAAUUAAUUCUUGCUGAUAGCGAUGAACAAAAAUUGCCACAUCGCUUACAAAAUGGUGUUUUGCUUAUAUCAAUCUCAACAAGUACCAAUUUAAUCGCUAUUUCAAAAUAUAAAACCGCAUUUUUUAUUAAAGUGUCAGAUAAUAUUUUAAAAAUCGAUGAGAUAUCCAUUUUUCACUUCACUUAA